AUGGAGACCACCAGCUCCUUCCAACAGCUUGGCAUGCAGCAGACCCUCGAGCCCCCCAGGCAGCAGCUCUCAGGCUACGGCAAGUGCAGCACCACGAGCAGUGAUCCUGGCAAAGAUCCUGGGAAAGCUGCUGGGUGCAGUGGAGGCAGCGGGAUCGGGAAGGGGCCAGCGUCCAUGGUCUGCAGCACUCCGUGUGGGAACCCCUAUGCAGGGCUGGUGAGCCACCUGCGGGCAUCCUGGCUCUCAGGGAAGACGCGGCCCAUGGAAUACCGUGUGGCCCAGCUGGAGGCUCUGGGACGCUUCCUGGAUGACAAGAAGCAGGAGAUCCUGGAAGCCACUGAAUUGGACAUGGGCAAGCCAUCCUUCGAGGCUUUCUUCAGCGAGAUCCUCCUCUGCAAGAAUGAGCUCAAUGUCACCCUCAACAACCUGUGCCAGUGGAUGAAGGAUGAGUAUGUGGACAAGAACCUGGUGAUGCAGCUGGACUCUGCCUUCAUCCGCAAGGACCCCUAUGGGGUGGUGCUCAUCAUAGCACCUUGGAACUACCCCAUCCACCUCUUCCUGGUGCCCCUCAUUGGGGCCAUCGCUGCUGGAAACUGUGUCAUCAUAAAACCCUCAGAGAUCUCCAAGAACACAGAGAGACUCGUUGCUGAAACGCUGAGCUGUUACUUGGACACUGACUGCUUUGCUGUGGUGACUGGUGGCGUGCCGGAGACCACCAGGCUGCUGGAGAACAAGUUUGACUACAUCUUCUUCACUGGCAGCCCCCCGGUGGGGCGGAUCAUAAUGACAGCUGCUGCCAAGCACCUGACACCGGUGACUCUGGAGCUGGGGGGCAAGAACCCCUGCUACGUGUCCAACACCUGUGAUGUGACCAACGUGGCACGGCGCGUGGCCUGGGGCCGCUUCUUCAACGCGGGGCAGACCUGCAUCGCGCCCGACUACCUGCUCUGCACCAUAGAGAUGCAGGAGAAGCUCAUGCCCGCCCUGCGUGAGGCCAUCACCGAGUUUUUCGGCCCAAACCCCCGAGAAUCCCCGGAUUUUGGCCGCAUUGUGAGUGACAAGCACUUCCAACGUCUCCGGGCGCUGCUGCGCAGUGGGCGUGUGGCCAUCGGGGGACAGACGGACGAGGCAGAGCGCUACAUCGCUCCCACCGUGCUGGCAGACGUGCUGCCCUCAGAUCCCAUCAUGCAGGAGGAGGUCUUUGGGCCCAUCCUGCCCAUCGUUGUCAUUGCCAACAUGGAUGAAGCCAUUGACUUCAUCAACGCCCGGCCUCAGCCAUUGGUUGUCUACGCCUUCUCCUGUGACAGCAAGAUAGUGAACCAGGUCCUGGAGCGGACGAGCAGUGGUGGCUUCUGUGGCAACGACACCCUGAUGCAUGUGACACUGCCCUCGCUGCCCUUUGGAGGCAUUGGGAACAGUGGCCUGGGAAAAUACCAUGGGAAGUUCACCUUUGAUACCUUCUCCCACCCCCGUGGCUGUCUGCACCGGACCAUGGGGCUGGAGACGCUCAACACCCCGCGCUACCCCCCCUACACCCAGCAGAAGAUGGGGCUCUUCACCACCACCUUCGAGGUGAAGCGCAGAGGCACCUGCACCCUGCUCUGAGUCUGCCAUGUCCUGCUCUGAGAGUGCCACGGAGUCAGUGUGGAGAGCUGGGACUGUCCCCCUCUCCCUCUUCAUCACACUCCCCAUUUCUGCACCGUGUCCUUUGCCUCGCUGGAGCAUGUUGGACAGUCAGGAUGG